AUGUGGUUCGGAAUGCCUUUCCGUCUGGGGAAAAUUGGCACCGCGGCGAGCCAAUGCUAUUACCCUCUAUUAUUUCCGACCGAGUCCCAGCCGGAAUUGGCCAGUGGACGAUUCAAUUAUUGCGCCGACACACAGAGAUUACAUGUCAAGUUAUGUGAACUUAACGUAGAAAGAUCGAAGCCUAGACUAUAUAUAAUAGAUCCGGAAUGUUUCGUUGAAGAAGCACGAAGAGAUGAAACUCUUUUAGAUCGAAAGAGGUUUACAGCGAAAGGGAAAGGAGUAAAGCCUCGUAUUGUCGUUUGGAAAUCCCCGAGGUUUCAACGUCAAUUAAAGCAGCCAGGCAUUGCCGAUGUUAGCGUGGGUAUCAAUGGCGAGAUCCCAUGCUUGUGUACACGUUGA